UUUUUUUGACCUUCCUCGGCCACCGUAGUGAACCACUUCCCAAACAUCAACAUGACGGCGGCUGCUUGUUCUUCUUCUUCUCUCCGUGAAUCUCUCGGUGUCCGUGAGCAGGAGCUUCUUACUGCUUCACUGCUUCUCUGAUGAUAGUUAGAGGAACUUCCAGCCACAGUCCGAGCUGAGUCAUGGAGUAUCUGCUGCAGGUGAAAAUCGGCGCUCUGGUCGGUUUACUGCUGCUAACGCUUUUCUUCGGAUCUAUCCCCGCCCGGGUCAAAUGGUUCAGGCGCACUAAUGGAACAGAAACCCACCGCACAGUUCUGAGUCUGAUCAGCUGUUUUGCCGGAGGGGUUUUCCUGGCAGCAUGUCUGCUCGACAUCAUUCCAGAUUAUCUGUCAGACAUCAGCACGGAGCUGGACAAGCGGAAGGUGGAGACCAGCUUCCCUCUUCCCGAGUUCAUCAUGGCCUCCGGCUUCUUCAUGGUUCUCAUCCUAGAGAAGAUGGUCCUGACCUGCCAGGACAUGGGAGGGGCUCAGGAGGAGAGGGCCCCCCUUAUAGUGGACGACAGCAACGGGCACGGCCACGGCCACCGAGCGAGCGCUGAUCUGGAGAGCAGCGGCCACCACGUCCAUGUUGACUUUCAGGCUCAUUCCCCGUUUCGUUCCUUCAUGCUCUUCCUCUCGCUUUCGCUCCACUCCGUGUUUGAGGGUCUCGCCAUCGGCCUCCAGAACACAGACUCAAAGGUGUUAGAGAUCUGCAUCGCUAUACUCGUCCACAAGAGCAUCAUCGUGUUCAGCCUGUCUGUGAAGCUGGUCCAGAGCGCAGUCCGUCCACUGUGGGUGGCUGCUUACAUCGGCGUGUUCGCCCUGAUGUCACCUUUAGGCAUCGGCAUCGGCAUCAGUGUGGUGGAGGCCCAACUAGCAGCCGGAGUGCUGAUCCAGGCCGUCCUGGAGGGGCUCUCUGCGGGGACGUUUAUUUACAUCACCUUCAUGGAGAUCCUCCCACAUGAGCUCAACUCCCCCGGGAAGCAGCUGCUCAAGGUGCUCUUCAUCCUGCUGGGCUUCAGCGUCAUGGCAGCUCUGACGUUUAUAGGAUGAGAUCUGUCGGGAUGUGGCCUCCGGACUCGCUGUUCCGACUGCUGCAGCUGGGCGACAUUUGUACAAAAGGACAAAUGGUCUCUGUUAGAAAAGAAGAAGUAGCUUUACUUACGCACUGAUAAGAAAAAGUUUUUAUGGCGCAACGGAGCUUGACAGCAGUUGUUGAUGGUUUAGUGUUUUUAAAAUACCACAGAUUUGUGUACAUACAAACAUUUAUUUUUAAAGGAUUUUAUGUUAAGAGGAACAACUUGCUGCAAAAAGUACACAGAGGAAAGAAGGGGCGCAUCGCGAGUUCCCUUGUGUUUCACUGGUCGUGUUCUGAUCCAUUGAGGCAUCAUACAAACCCACUGACGCAGACCUUACUAUGGAAGAAACCACUGGAAACACAAGGUCCGGUUGUAUGAAUGAUGUUUACAUGUUUACAUGUUUUAUGUUGCGGUACCUCCAGAUUUUAUAUGUUUACAUUUCAUCAGAAGCGCGUCUGACAGCGUCUUGUUCCCAAAAAGAGUUUGUGCCUUCACUUUGUUGGUCACUGUACCUUCUCGUGGAAUUUUUUAUUAAUGAAGGUUCCACUGACAAAGUCUUAUUUGGUAAAUGCUGACGUUUUAGAGCAAUGCUUUUAGAAGUAGUUUCCAGUUUUUUGCUGCUUUUAAACAAUCAACAUUUCUUACAUUUUCCCAGUUAACUGACUCUCUGAUGCUUUAAGAAGGUUUGUGCUGGGAAAAAAAAGAAAAUGGGCAAUAAUGACAUGACUAACAUGUUGGAUAUCUUUUCUUUUUUUUUGCACUUUUCCAGUAAAUAAUUGGUUAGUUCCACUAAUGAGCUCAGCUCCUACCAUCCUCUAUUUAAACAAGCUGAUAACUAUUAUUUACAUUAUGCUGACCUUUGUCCCAGUUUGGUUCACACUGUGUUCCCACUUUAUCCACAUUUUUGAAUGUGGACAGAAACAGAAGCUUUAAAAUUCUGAAUGGACAGAAAUGAAAGAUAAAGAAUUAAUUCUGCAAACUGAUAUUAACGCACGGGGCUCGGGACUGUAUUUUUCUACAAUUUCUAAAAUUACCAUAAUGAUAAUACGCAUGUGCACUGAAUUUACAAAAGUGUAUAUUUGUGACUUAAGUUUUAAAGCGUCUCUGUUUAAUCUCAAAUCCUGUUUUAGUUUGUCAUGUGAUUGUUUCCUGGGCAGAACAAAUAUCAGGAAGUUGGAUCAUUUUGGUUUUCUUUGUGGUAAAACACUUGUAUAUAUGUCAGCAGCUUUAUUAAGACCAAUUCAAACAUGUCGCGUCUCAUAUUAUGUUCCGACUUUCCUAUUAUCAGUUUUUUUUCUUUUUCAUUCAUGGAACUCUGACCGAGACUGAUGAAACAAUUUAGCCCCAGAAAAGCAACAGUUUGUACUUCUGCUUCCAGACGGUAUUGUCAUGUGUAGAAGUCCUAAACACUUUUUCACCUACACCGUAUUCUGUGCCUUAUGAUUAUUCACCUCAUGAGAGAGAAGACUUUGUUGUCUGUUGUGUAAACUUGAUGAGAGUAAAGAUCAAAGAACAAUUUUC